AUGGCUUCCGACCCUUACCAAGUGCUUCCCGAGGAGCCACCGGCAUAUGAUCCUUAUGAAUCCCAUUCUGAUGCUUGGGCUACAUCAAGUCACAUUGAGAUCCCGCCGGCCAGGCAGUACCCAAGCACAAGCUCUGCUUUCAGCGCGUCGGCACAUCCGGACGAGGACUGGACCAAAGUGUCAGAUCUCGCCGAGCGCCGCCGGAUACAGAACAGGAUCGCCCAGCGCAACUAUCGAAGAAAGAUCAAGGAGCGCAUGCAGCUCCUAGAAAGGGAAAGUAUCAGAGAGGAAGAAGCAAAAGGCCUCUCACUCGACAAGAAAGAAAACCAAGGUCAUAAUGCAGAGGAUACUACCAAGAACAAGACAGUGGAGAACAGAAGAAAUGGUGAAGAGGCGAUAGGCCUUUCCCCAGACAAACCGAGGGAAUUCGUUGAUACUCUGCGGCUAAGAGUGGUUGAUUACGCCGGUGUCAACUCUCAUAUCUUAGACAGAUUGCGACUCUCUAUUGAAAGCUACAUCGGCGACGAGAUCGAUUGGUGGCCGUUUCCUCCGAUCAAUCGGCUGAAAUCGCCGCAACAGGCGAGACUAUGCUGGAAAUACGGAGGCCAAGACCUGUCGAUUGUUGUGGAUAAGCAUGACGUCCAGGAGUUGGUAAUGCGGCUUCAAGACCACAGUCAAGACUCGAGUAUUCUUCCGAUGGCUCACCCAAGCUCAAUUCCUCCAGAAAGCCUAGACAAGGGGUCUCAUCAAGCCUCGUAUCAGCCAUUAUGGAAGGUACUACUCAAGAGGAUCAUGAAAAUCUCUCACGUCGAUGCCCAGACUACUUCCUCCACGACCAAUCCCACUGGUAAUCCAAGAAUGGAGACGUACUUGUGCGUUGACAAGUGUUGGACUACCGUCAAAAACACGAGAAUGAGUACCAUCCGUAUCAUCGAGGACAUGAAGAGUGAUUACGACUACUUCUGCCACGCACGACAAAUCUUGAGUCAAGCCGAAGGGAACUGGCUCCAGCGGAAGCUCUCAUGGAGGUCAUACACGAGGGUCAACUUACUCGAGGACCUGUGCCGGGACUACCAGUUCGUGCGACUCAAACACCUCAGCCUAGACGUACAGAUGCGGAUAUGUGCCGAGAUCAUACUCAGGGGCAUCCACAAUCCUGCAUGUGGCCACAAUACAACGCAGCUACUUGAUAGCAUACCCAAAUUGUUGGCGCCUCCUGGGCUAGAAAGGAAGCAAUUCGCGUCUGGUUGGGGCUUCUUCUACGCGGGGCAGAGCCUCUGUAUGCAGAAAGUCCUGGGGGCAAGCGGCGUCCUUUUGGCAUUUGGCACUGCCUUUGUACCCUACUGGCUUUCGUCGAUCGACAAACUCGAUCUACAAACUGCUAUGGCACCACUUUCAUUCCUUACAACACUGAUAGGAAUUGGUCUGGCCAUGUUGGCAAUUGCGCAUAACUGA